AUGGCCAUUGACAAACCAUCCUCGCCCUCCGCCGGCCUGGCGUUUCGGCGGUUCCGCCCCCAGUCGCACUUCAUCGCGCCUCACUCGUGGGCCAACGACCCGUGCGGCGCCGUCUACAUCCCCGAGACGCGCGAGUACCUCGUCUGCUACCAAUGGAACCCGGGCACCUCGCAAGGCGGCAACUGCGCCUGGGGCGCCGCCCGCAGCCGCGACCUCGUCACCUGGGAGGACUGCGCGCCGGCGCUGUGCAACGGCCCUGCCGGCUCGUACGACGCGCUGGGCGUCUUCUCCGGCAGCAUCGUGUCGCGCCUCGAGCAGAGCGGCGGCGGCGGCAAGCGCGUGCUGUACCUCUUUUACACGAGCGUCUCGCACAUGCCCAUCCACUGGUCCAGACCCUACCAGCCGGGGUGCGAGACGCAGAGUGUCGCUGUGUCGCGGGACCUCGGCAGGUCGUGGGAGCGGCACCAGCGCAACCCCUUGAUCAGCCUGCCGCCCCGGAUGGAGGCCACGACGGGAUGGCGCGACCCGUUUGUUUCGCCGUGGGCAUCGCUGUCGGAGCUGCGCGGGGUGAGUGUCGAGACCAUGUACAUGAUGAUCGCCUCGGGCGAGCACGGUCGCGGGUCGCAGCUUCACCUCUACACGACAGAGGACCUCCUCGGCUGGACGUAUCUCGGCGUCCUGCUCGACGUCAAGCAGGGCGAGCAGGUACAGCCAGACAGCUACCUCACCUUUGGCAUGAACUUUGAGUGCGGGACGUUUGCCACGGUGGGUGGCAGCGACUACAUCAUUCUCGGAGUGGAAGAGGAUGUCACCAACAGACGACACAACUGCCACUACGAGGCCUGGCUGGGCGGGAAAGUCACACUCGCAGAGGAUGGCACGCCAAAGUUCGUCAUCACCAACCAUGGGCUGCUGGACCAUGGCGUCCUCUACGCGGCGCACCUCUUCCGGGGCGAGGGUGGCCGCCUACUACAGCUUGGCUGGGCAGACGAGACGGCGUCGCCGGCAGUCGUCAAGGCGCAGGGUUGGGCGGGCUGCAUGAGCCAUCCGCGCGAGCUCUUUGAGAUUACGCGGCCUGUCGUCGACGGAGAGUGCCGCUCGACGGUCGAGUGGGAGGUCGAUGAGGCGCGCGGCCUGAUGACUACGCUCGGCAUCCGUCCCGCCGAGGAGGUAGCAUCACUGCGUCGCGAGAGAUUCGGCUCGUCGAUGCGCGACCUCGAGAGACUCCAGUCAACAAACUACGAAAUCGAGGCGACCUUGUCCAACAUCACCGGCCCCGAGGUGUUUGCGCUCAACGUCCGACAGGCGCCCGACGACGAGGAAGUCACCCAGAUCAUCGUGAACCUGCGCGAGGGCCGCAUCACAAUCGACCGGUCGCGCUCGUCGCUCGCGGGUCUGGGCACCGGCAGCAGCACGCUCCCCGACUCGGGGCCCUUUGCGACUCUACCAGGCGAGGACGAGGUGCGGCUGCGCGUCUUUGUCGACGGCUCGCUCAUCGAGGUGUUUGCCAACAACCGCUUCGCGCUCACGUCGAGGGUGUACCCGAGCUUAGACGAGUCACUGGGUGCGUCGUGCGUGCUGAGCGAGGGUUACGAGGAGGGCAGCGUGGCGAUUGCAGUGUGGGAAGGGUUGAAGGGCGCGUGGCCGCAGAGGGAGGCUGGGAUGCACAGGUUUGAGGACUUGCACCCGCUGCGGAUGACGGGGGCGUAG